AUGACUUACAAACAUAUGGCAAACCACCGUGCAGCGAAAAAUAAUAAAAAUGGCAAGGAAAAGUCACAUAAAGACGAACCCGCCACAGUUGGAACUGCAGACGCGUCACCGGUGAGCCCCCACAUGGGGCGAAGUGACGGAGUCGAGGAAAGCCCCAUGAGGCACACGUCACAGUCCAACAACACAGAUAACAAUAUGCGAAAAGAUGUAACAAGGAGCCCCAACGGGUGCGACUGUGACGAAGGGUCUGAAAUAGCAUGGAAAUGCCAGUCACAAGUAGAACGAGCACUAGCGAUGUUCCUCUUCAAGGGAACUGCCAGGAGCUCACCGGCCGAUGACGUGCCUGUCCUUUGGGAUGUGGGUUGUGAUGCGCUGGUGGCGGCAAAAAGGCCUGUAAUGUAUCUGAUUGAUUUCUUCACGCGCCGUCGGGUGAUGUUCGUCUUCUUAGUGAUUGCCGUUCUACUCGGGUACCACAACUUCCAGGAGGAAAUUUCGUCUCUGACGGACUCAUUUGUUGUGGCGGACGCCGAUCGGCCAGGAGUCAGGUUUUUGCAAAACCAUACUAUGCGUCGAAAGCAUCCCGUUAUGAUUAUUCCGGGUUUCAUUUCGACAGCGCUCGAGGUGUGGCAGGACGUCGUUGAGUGUACGACCUCCCAGGCAUAUUCAUCGAGAUUUCGCCAGCGUAUGUUUGGUCCAUCCAUGUUGUUUCUUCUUGCCACAGACCCAGCGUGUUAUAUGAAGCUCUUUUCGCUGGACAAGGGCACAGGCUUCGACCCGCCAGGGGUAAAAAUCCGACCUGAUAUGGGUUUCGGCGCCGCAGACUUUUUUAUGCCGGGGUAUUGGGUGUGGGCCAAGAUCUUCGUGAACCUUGCUGAUAUUGGCUAUGAUCCGCAGAGCAUGGGCAUAUCUAGUUAUGACUGGAGGUUAUCGCCGCGCGGAAUCCACCGCCGUGAUGGAUACUAUUAUCACUUGAAAAAUUAUCUGAUGUAUCUCUACCAUAAAAACGAGGAGCGAGUUGUUAUUGUUUCCCACAGCUAUGGUAGUCUCGUUGUUGUGGAUUUUUUACGCUGGGCUGACGAGCACGAGGCAGGGUGGACGAACAAGCACGUUGCUAAUUGGAUUAACAUCGGCGGAACGACGAUGGGAGUUUCCAAAACCGUCUCGGCGCUUCUGUCAGGUGAGGCCAAAGAUACCCUUGCGCUACCGGGCACUGCACGGGCGAUCCUGGAGAAUUAUUUUUCCCGUAACCUCCGUACGGAAACGUUUCGCACGUGGUCGUGCCAGGCUGCCAUGCUUCCCAGUGGCUGCGAGGGGGUGCACCCACAGAUAUUGAGGCUUCACAACGGUACGGUUCUACCACCGAAGGAAGCCAUCCGACUACUUACAAGGCGGCUGAAUGAAAGCGGCCAUGUUGCGGUUGUGAAACAAGCACGUGAGGUGUUGGGCCGGUUCGGGAAGCGACCCAACUUGCCCAAAGCACCCAACACGACAGUUUUUUGUCUUUAUGGCGUAGACAGGAAGACGGAGAUCGGAUAUGUUUUGGGCGAGGACGAGGCAGUGGAUGACACCUACAACGAAGGGGAGCAUAUCGUUAAUGGGGUGAUUAAUGGGGAUGGAGAUGGAACUGUGCCGCUUUUGUCUUUGGGGUACAUGUGUCGUGCAAAAAAUGGGUGGAAGCGUGACGUUGGCCGCGUUAUCACACGGGAACAUAAACACAGCUCGGGAUCGUCGAUGAAUCUCCGCGGGGGAUCGUCAAGUGGAGAUCACGUUGACAUUCUCGGAAACCACGAACUUGUGUGGACGAUUCUCAAAGUGGUGUCGGGGAACGCGGAGGAAGGGGAAUUGAGCGAUCGCAUCUACUCAAAUAUAGACGAGAAAAUUGAACAGUCAGGAGAUUGUCUUUUAAUGGAAGGCCAGUGA